AUGACAGCCCACUUGUUGACUAUCACCUUCUACUUCAUCGCAGGAAAUACCAGCAUGGCAACUAAAGCAAACCUAUCCCUCAGCUCAGCAAUUGAACUUUUGGUGUCAACAAUGCAAGACCCCAUGAAAGCCGAUGCUUGCCCAGUGAGAAUGGCUGUAGCAGCUGAUUGCAUCAAUCUGGCAUUCGAAGCAUGCACUUCUGUUGCUGCAGAGGCCAAGCUUGCGAAAUCUCAUCCCGAGCUCCUCAGAGCUGGAGUCAAGUUCCUCACCCAUAAGCAGUCGCCCCAGGAUCACUGUGCGAUGAUGAAUCACCUGUCAACUUGCCGUUGCGACUUCAACCAGCCCGGGAUGAGGAGGGCUCAUAAGCCUAAUCGGCACCGACCCGACGGACGAAUCGAGGUUUGCUCCAUGACCCUUCUCUUCGAUGCAAUGUCUACCAUCUGCAUGUGCCUUGUUGUGGCCCUCGAGGAACGAACGCAGCACAAAUUUUACACUGGAAAUGCGGGCAACGGGGAGAAACUCUGGCCACAAGGGCCUGAGGACCUUCUUCCGGAGGGACCCAAAGACGCUGUCCUUGGGCUAGAGCUGUGGGUUGUGGAUACAUCUUAUGGAUGCUUCAUCUUCAAACUGGCUAGCCGCUUAGCCUUGUUUUACAAACCAUUUGCCCGAGAGGCGUUUCAGGCAUGGGACUUCCCAUUUGCUCUGGUACGGCCUAGUCUACAUCUCCAAGAGGCUGUCAAGUUCUAUGAUGACAGUGAUCCCUCGCGGACCUCACCCCGUGCCUUUACAUUUUUUUUCCAGUUGCCAGUUGUGGUCAUAGUCAACUUCUUUGACACUUUCAUGCAUUACGACACCCGCCUGUUCAAAGCGAUGAUCUGCUUACGUGGCCGCUGGUUCACUCCAAUUUUUGCUCGCCUUACGACAAUCCUAUCCACCCAGGAAUGCGGCGGAAUUUGCUCCUUAUCGCGAUACAUCACCGCGUACGCCAAUGCCGAAAUCGACUGCACAACAGGACUUAUGACAGUCACAUUCGAACGUGAGUUCAUGACAAAGCUUCAGCACCGUGAUCUUCUCGGGCAUGCUUUCACCACGAUGGUGAUGGUACGGAGAAUGGGAUGCUGGAAUAUAGCUUGUCCCUCAGCAUCUCAGGCCAUUUAUUCGCGGCUCUGCAGCAAGUGUAACCUUAUCAGGUUCUGUGGUGAACAGUGCCAAAAGGAGGCCUGGAAAAGUCCUAAUUUGCCUCACAAGUCUGUUUGCGCGAAAAUCCAUUCCCUAAAGGAGUCCAUCGGUGCUGAGGCGUGGCCAUUGCUAUGGACUGCUGACUUUUCGUAUCGCAAAUUUCAAGGCGUGUGCAAGGCGAAAAAUGUAGAUGCAGAGGCUGUGAAGGCGAUCGGAAGCACGAUAACCGCUCUCAGGAUCAGCAAGGAUGCCUUCCGUCGCAACCAGCAAAUGGCCGGACUAUCACAGAUCGACCGCCUACGCUGUGCGGAGGGGGAUAAAGCGCUGCGCGAACGGGAGGAAGAACUUAUACGGACCCUAGGAGAGGACCUCGGAUAG